CACAUUCUAGUGUGUGUGACUGUCAUUUACAUUCCACUGAUGCUCUUCGGCCUUCUGGGAAAUAUACUAACAAUUCUGGUGGUUUGGCUCCGACCGCACAUGAGAAGCUCCACUUACCUCUACCUGAGCAGCAUGGCUGUCAGUGAUCUGUUGAUACUGCUACUGUUACCUCUGGAUCUCUAUAAGCUCUGGAGGCCCAGGCCCUGGCCCUUAGGAGACCUUGCAUGUAAGCUGACGAUGUUCCUCUCAGAGUGCUGCACCUUCUGCACCAUCCUUCACAUCACCUUCCUCUCCCUGGAGAGGUACCUGGCUGUCUGCUGGCCAAUCACUGCAAAGACCCUGGUGACACGGCGCAGAACCAGGGCUCUCAUUGGCUGCCUCUGGCUGGGUGCCGCCGUCAGUGCAGCACCAGUUUUGGUCAUGGUUGGAGUGGAGGAUGUUGGGGGAGAAGAGCUUGGGCUCGGCGGAUGGAGGGAGGGUGGAGGGUGGACAGGCAGGGAAGGAGAACAGGGCGGAUUUAUGAUAGGUGGAAAGGAAAGAGGAAGUGGACAUAUGGCCUUAAUGGACAGAGCACUGGAGAGAAUAAAUUGGGAGGAAAAAGAGAAAAAUGGAUGGGAUGAAAGAGUUUGGUCUGCAGAGAAAGGAGAGAGGAAACUGGGUGUAGAAGAAAGACAUGAGCCAAAACAAGGAGAUGAGGGAGGAGGUGAACAAGAAGAAGAAAAGAUGAAAGUCAAAGGAGAACAGCAAAAUAAAAUGAAAGAAGAUGAGGGAGGAGGAAGGGAAGAAGGUGUUGCUGCAGGUCACGGAGGAGAGAUUGACAAUAGAGAGUGCCGCUGCACGCACUACGCUGUCUCCUCCGGCCUGUUGUCGGCCAUGAUGAUUCUCUCCAACUUGUACUUCCUAAUACCCCUCUGCAUCUUGGGUCUGGUCUACAGCCUGAUUGGACGAACUCUGUGGCUCCGCCCACAAAGCAGCCGUAGAGACCAGAGUCAUCGGCACACCGUCAAAAUGCUUGGAGUGAUUGUCUUGGCAUUUGUCCUGUGUUGGCUGCCCUUCCAUGUGGGUCGGACCAUCUUCUCUCUUUCUCUGGGCACCGGUUCUGACAGACAGGAAACAUACACAGACACAAACUCACACUUGGACAUUAACACUCUCUCUGAUUAUUUCAACCUGGUGUCCUCUGUCCUCUUCUACCUCAGCGCUGCUGUCAAUCCUUUAUUGUACAACCUGAUGUCUGCCAGAUACAGACACGCUGUGCACAGCCUUAUACACACACACUCUCACACGCCGUCUCACCGCCUGCGCACACUUACGGCACGGCACUCCACCACCACUUUCCAUGCAGGCCUGGUUCCUGAUGCCUCCCUGGAUGCCUCAUUGGCCUCUCUGCUGUCCUUGAACUCUUCUUGGGCUCUGGAGCAGCAGUACACCACACUGCAGGGCAGUAUGACCCGGCAGCAGAGGUCUGCCUUCAACCAUGACCUCCAAACUCUCUUCGGAGGAAACACAACGGUGAGUUAUGGAGGAGUGGGUAUUGUUGCACUUGCCCUCUCAGUUCUGUUUGAGAUGCUAGCCCAUCACCAGACCACUAAGUUGAGCUUGCGGAGCCCUGAGGCACGCCCCCCUCCUCCAAACCCCAUACGCAGAAUGUUUGGGGCUGACGCGGGAUCGGACAUCAGCUCCAUUGCCAGCGAGUUUCUCAAACAGAUUCCCGGUGCAGCCAAUGACCAGGACAAGAUGGCGGCACUGUUGGAGAGCUACGAGACAAAGCUGCGGUUGGAGCUGACGGAAUUCUAUGGGAGGAUGGUGUCAUUGGAGUGGGGCGCUCUCAGCUCUAUCGGGGUGAAGCAGUGGAUGAAUGGAGCUGCUCUCCACAUCCACACCUUGAUCCACUGGCAGCGUCUGACCGACCCAUCAGCCGGAGAAGUCUUAAGUCUGGACUACCUAAAUCGUGUCGACCCUCUACUCAAGACAUACAGAGAGUAUCUGCUCAAAACGGUGAAAGUGUUUCCAGCCUUGACCCCCGGCCCUAGUGGGUUGCUGAUAGUGGAGCUUCUGAGAAACGUAAGCCACGGGGUUCACCACAGGGCCUGUGAACGGAAGGCCAUCCAGCGGACUCUGGCGGAACGCUUCUUGUCUGACCAGAACCUGCAGAAGGGAAAGGAGUUCUUCCAGAACUCCCACAAGCACCAUGAUGCUCUGAUAGCGCAACAAGGGCACUUUAAGCUGAGAAUGGUUUGA